ACACACACACACACACACACACACACACACACACACACACGCACACACCCACACUCACACACGCGCAUCCAGGUAGACUCAAGGCCAGUCGACACGCUGUCGUGUGAGCAAGAAGAAGAAGAGGAGGAGGAGGAGGCGGAGGCGGGAAGAAGGAGGGUCAUGACACAAGAGACACCAACAGCGGCUGCAGUGGCUGCUGUGGCAGAUUCCAUGCUGGACUUCUUCAUCUGGGAGGUUGUGUUCGAGGUGCAUCGCGAGGCCAAGCUCGAUCUGAGCUGCUCCUGCACCCCAGCCACCGCAAACGCGCCCAAUCACACACACCACGGCCUUGUGAACGCGCCGGGACUGGACAUCUUCGGCCAGAAGCCGCAAGCAAGCCCCGUUGUGACGUGCCCCAACUGCCACAUGCCAAAGCAAGCCACAAAGCUGGCGCAACAUCUGGAGCUGUGCAUGGGCGUUGGUGGCCGUGAGAGCAGACGAGGAGGAGGCACUCGCUCCCGAAAUAACCACCAGCCGCCAGCACCAAGUGCACCCAAACCCCGCGCAUCUGAAAACUCGGAGCGAAGACGAAAGCCAACCACCAAAGUUUCUGCUGCGCUUGAGGAUCGGGCGAGCAAACGGCCACGACGCGGCGGAAACAGCAGCGCACCCCCGGUUACAGGCGCCGACUGACACCCUGGCCAUAGGCUGUUAGGUUACCGCUCUGAUACGCCCUGUUCUGUUGUGCUUGUUCUGAUGCUCCCUGCUCUGUUGUGCUUGGAUGGCAUGCUCGCGCUGACGGGCGUGCGUGCGUGUAUUGCUGUUGUGUGCGUGGUCUAAUCAACCAAGCCGGCUGCGCUUUGAGUCGGGUGUUGCUUGUUGUGGUUGAUGAUGGUGGCUUGGGCGAUGCCAAAUGCAGUUUGCAAACGCUUGUGGAGCGUGAUCUGCACAUUGAUGGGCUGACGGUGUCAGGGUUGUUGGCAGUGGAGAUGGGUGGUGUUGCUACGCUGAUGUAUGGGACUAUUGAUUAAUAAAAGACGUGCGCUUUCGG